AUGGGUGUCAAAGGUUUAGCACCAUUUAUUCGUAAACAGUGUCCUCAAUAUUCUGUCAAACGUGGUUUAAGAGAAUAUUAUGGACGAGUUAUUGCUAUCGAUGCUUCGUUUCUGAUGUGUCGUUUCGUGAAAGUGAUGGAGGAAAAUACGAAACAACCGCACAUGAUUGGGCUGUACAAUUUUUUGAACGAAGUUUUUGAGUAUUCGAUCCGACCUUUGUUUGUGUUCGACGGGAAUCCACCUCAAGAAAAAGGUCGUGGUGAUGUGGGACCGUUAGUAAAGGAGAUGAGGGAUGAUUGGAAACGAUUUUUGCAAGAACUUGGUUUGUGUUAUGUGGAAGCUCCGGGGGAGGCCGAGGCGCAAUGCGCGAUAUUGGAGAUGCGGGGUUUGGUGUAUGCCGUUGUGACUGAUGAUCUCGAUUCUAUUGCGUUCGGGACUAAACGGAUCUUAACGGGGUUUGGAAAGAGAGGAUGUAAUGAAAUAAACGGUGAGAAGGUACGAGAGUUGUUCGGAGGAAGGGAAAAGUUUAUCGAGGCAUGCGUGCUAUCUGGAUGUGAUUACUGUGAAGGUAUGAAAGGUGUGGGUAUGAAACGGGCUCUUUCCUUGGUAAGAGAGGGCAGAACGAGUCUUACCGAGGAAAUGGAAAUUGCUAAGUGUUUAUUAACUCUGCCAAAGGUCGAAAGAAAUUUAACGAUUUCUUGGGCACGAAAAUCAAACGAAUCGAUAAAACAAACAUUGGAAAACUUUAAUAUACGAAAAAAUGUAACUUCAUUUAUUAAACACUAUGAAAACACUUUUAGUACUAGACAGUUAACUAUAAAUGAAUAUUUUUCUGUAUCGAAAUAA